AUGACGACUCUUGCGGAACCAGUCGCAGGUCCGUCUUCUGGCUCGCAUGCUAUCAAUGCCAGCAGUCACGCCAACAAUGACCUCCCCAAGCGCAAAAGAGCUCGCACCAGAAAGAGGAAGUCCGGAGCAGCUGCAGGCCCCACCGAUCAAGACGACGAGGACGAAGAAAGCCAUCAAACCUCAAUAAUUGGCAAUGAAACGAUCCCUGUCAAUGAUCAUGCGUCAACUUCUGCAUCGAGCUUGAAGGGCAAAGGAAAAGAGACCGCUCCCACAUCAGCGAAGCAGCCGCCUAUGGACUCUGUAAAGGUAGCGCCCGCCUCUGCGACCUCUGAUGUGGUCACUACCAGCGAGACGGCCAGCAAACGGACAGACGAAGCAGAUAGCGACGACGAUGAUGAAGCAGGAGAGGGUAACGCGGCAGGGCGGAAAAGGAAACGAACUCGCAAGAGGUCUAAGAAGGGCGGUCAGGCUGAUACUGCUACCGCGGCAGGCAGCGAGAGCAAUGGCGCAAAAGCAGCCCAAGGCGCAGAGUCAGCUGUAGCGCCUUCAGCAGCGGCUCAAGCGCCAGGUGAGGAGCUAUCACAGCAGCUUGCUCAAACACCAGACCCAGCACAAGACGAGUCCAUCAGCCAGGGAGCUAAGAACGCUCUGAUCUAUGCCUACAUCUUCUGCACAUCUCGCCAAGUCUGGAAAUUCCAGAAGGCGAAGGAAGGGUGGCUCUUGCGUCACAUCCUCGACCACCCGUCACCCGCUGCAACAGAAACAGCGGCACCAGCAUCAGCCGAGCCGGUGGCCAGAACUGACACUGUGAGCGGUGAGCCUGCAGACGAAGCGGCUCAAGAGGAACAGGUCGACACUUCGAUCCCAGAUGCAUACAUUGCACUCGUUGGGCACUACCUGUCAACGAUGCAGGGCAAGAGCAAGGACAGGCUGAGGGAAGAGCUUCAAAGGGCUAUUGCAGCUGCAGAGGCGCUUCCGACCGAAGCUCCAGAAAUCGAGCAACCUCAAGAGCUUGCUUCUGCGCCAGCAAGCGAGCCCGAGGUAAUAGCAAACGGCGACAGCAAGGGUGUGAGGUUCGCGGACAUGGCCGACGAGAGCAAUGAGCAAAGCAGCGCGAGGGAGGACGUUGAGAAGGCAAAGAGAGAACGACUUAGGUGGCAAGCAGCCAGGGCGCGAAGUGUACUGAACAUCCUCGGAGCACAAUGA